AUGAUGUUACCACACCGUGAUAAGUGGGACGUCCACUAUGCCAAAAUUGAUGAAAUGGUAUACAUUGGUCGAGAUGUGUUUGUUAUGGUGGCCUCGACACUUUCGCUCUACAACGCUAUUGAGCUACUGACACUCAUCUACCUAACCUUCAAACGAAAAGCCGGCCUUUAUUUCUGGAGCAUACUUAUCGCAUCUUUCGGCAUCCUACCAUACUGUCUGGGCUGGCUAGUGGUUUAUUUCGACCUAACACACGACUAUGUGGGCAUGAUAAUCGAGACUAUCGGGUGGGUUCUUGUAAUAUCUGGCCAAUCUGUCGUCUUAUACUCUCGACUACAUCUUAUUCUAAGCGACAGAAUGAUCCUGCGAUCUGUGCUGGCUGUGAUCAUUAUCAACGGCAUUGUCUGGCACACAACCAUGACUAUAUUACUGUUUGGAUCAGAGUACAGCCCCAGAGACAACAGAAACGGGUUCAACAAGGUUUUUAACAUAGCAGAGAAGAUAUCAAUGUGCUGUUUCUACAUGCAAGAACUCACCAUCUCUGGCAUAUACAUUUGGAAGUCCCUCGAUAUUCUCAAGACAGCGUUUGGCAACACACGAACCAUGCUCUACAAGCUAUUCGCCAUCAACAUUGCAAUUGUGAUUAUGGAUGUUGCUAUGGUCGUUAUUGAGCUGAUGGACUUUUACGUCUGGGAGCAAGGUAUCAAGCUUGUCACAUACUCGAUUAAACUCAAGCUUGAGUUUGCAGUCCUGAGUGAGCUGAUUGAAUUCGUCCGAAGUCGGAGUGGAACGCAACCCUGUCCUACGAAGCCUUCUCAAAACCAAAGUACUCUUGUGCCACUAUCAGCGGUCCGCAGGGGAAGCACAAAACCAACAGGGUUCACGAGGGACGGCAUUUACAGUGGUGACACACAUACGAAUAUUACAAUUGCUGCUGCGCCUCCUCAGCAGAUACAAGAACCAAUAUCUAAUGAUAGGAUACACGUCGUCAGGCAGGUGGAUGUGGAAAGCUUAAACGCAUAUCCGAACACCGAGAGAAGCACCGAGGAGCUAUUUGAAUACAUGCCAGAUGAGCUUCCACCAGAACUGAUGCCUAGAGCACUCUAG